AUCGUUCACCUCUAUUUCUCAUAUCAUUAGACCCAACCUGUCAAUUUUCAUUCGAAUUACUGAGCAAAAUCAAACCAGGGCCACCCAAGAUGGCCGAGAUAAUCGACCGCCUGAUCUCUGCGGUCUCCUCAAGGCCGGUCCUAACUGGAUUGUGUGCUACUGCGAUAUUGGGUAUCGCAUGGACAAUCAAUGACUUCCUAGCCUGGAAGGCCUUUGGCACAGGCGGCACGCCACCAACGUGGAGUGGCUACCUCCGAAUGACCAAAUUUCGACUGAACCAUCUCCUCACCCGCCCAAACCUCCUGGACCCUUCCCCCUUAUCCACCACCGGCCCCUCGUACCUUCGCACCCCCUUACCACCCCGUGUCGGGCCCCGGCCACGGAUCAUGCCACGGAUCAUGCCGCAACGGCAAGUACCUGAGCCGAUCCCCGCCGAGACGCGUGGGAGGCUUCUGGGUCUGGUGGUCCGGCUGGCCGAGGAAAGGCCGGACCUGCUGCAGCACCGGCCGAGUCACACCGAAGGGGGGUGGGCCGAGGGACUCUACGCGCGGGCGGAGCUGCCGACGCUCAACCCGGAGGCGCGCGAGGAUAGGAUGCUGGCGAGGGAGAUUGCCCACGCUCACCCGUCUGACGGAAGUUUGCAUGUCUGGCUGAGCGGGCCCGAUGCGCGCAAGGUUAUCGAGGCUGGAUGGGGGCAGAGGUUUCCCCUGAAGUUUGUGCGCAGUGGGUGGACUAUGGUGUACGCGCCGAGGGGGGAGGAAGAGAUGGAUGUUGUGGAGAGGAUUGUCAAGGCUGGGGUGGCGUGGGUGACGGGGGUGGAGAUUUAGGUUGGGUUCCUAUCUUCACAGAGGACGAUAGGAAUCAUAGGAUAUGGAGUCCUACGUUAAGUGACUUUUCCAGGAGCCUACUAGUAGGUAUCUAUCUGAUCUACCUAUGGCAGUCCAUGUUUGCUUCG